ACAAAUAGCUAUAGUUGAGAGCUUUCAACACUGUUUAAUGUAUUAUAAAACAGCGUUAGUAUUCAAUUGCUUUUUCAACAGAAUGUUUCUCAGACCUUCGUAAAGCAACCACAGGUACCUGUUGUUUACAGAUGCCAUUCGCGUACUUGAGGCCAAUAGUGUACGGGGAAUUCAAGAUCAACCUACCCUAUGGUUCGAGACAGAAACUUUGAACUGCCGGGUUACUGAAGUAACCCGAUACAUGCCAUUUAGUUCGAAUACUUGUCGACUACACAACAAUUUUUUUCAUAAUAGGACUGGAUUAGUUACGCGAAGUAGUGCAGCAAUCAGUUGACAAUAUGUGUUCAUGCAAAGAAUUUAUCGCACUGGUGGUUAGUCCCUGAAGUCUCCUAAAAAGGUGGCAGGCGUAGAUUGAUUUUAGCGUUUUUUACUUGAAUUACACCGGUAUCAAAGUGAAAUAUUUUAAUAAUGUAUAAAUGUAAAACGCAGUUUGGCAAGGAUCUACUAAUCACUUCCUCAACAUGUUCUGCCAUUUUGAGAGACAUAUGGACCUAUACUAUGCCCAAGUACUUACAUACUUUUUAGAACCAUGCCAUUUAAUCUGUAUCAUUUUUUAUUCUUUAUGCCAUUGUCACUGAGUCAUACAACAUGAACCUCGGUCUAAAUGGGUCCAGUCAUGCCUCCCAGCAAGAAGCCAGAAGGCUCGGGGAUUAGUGUUUCGAGUGGACUGAGCCAGUGUUACCCAGGGAGUUCACUGACCAAGGCGCUGCAGGAGGUUGAAGAGUUGGACUUAGCAAGCAGUUGUUUGCCCGCCAUCUGUUUGGAGAAGGUGGCCAUGGAGGAUGAAGAGCUAACAAACCUGAACUGGCUACAUGAGAGCAAGAACCUCCUCAAAAGUUUUGGUGACACCGGACUGCGUAGUGUCAGUCCUGUUCAGGACAUUGACGAGGAUACUCCUCCCUCCCCUGCUCAUUCUGACCAGCCCUAUGACGCUAAGCAGAACCCCAAUUGCAAACCACCUUAUUCCUUCAGCUGCCUGAUAUUUAUGGCUAUUGAGGACUCGCCCAGCAAACGCCUGCCUGUUAAGGAUAUAUACAACUGGAUCCUAGAACAUUUCCCAUAUUUUGUAAAUGCUCCAACUGGGUGGAAAAACUCUGUUAGACACAAUUUGUCUUUGAAUAAAUGCUUCAAGAAAGUAGACAAGGACAGGAGUCAGAGUAUUGGGAAGGGCUCCUUGUGGUGUAUAGAUCCAGAAUACAGGCAAAACCUUAUUCAAGCAUUGAAAAAGACGCCCUAUCAUCCCUACUCUCACGUUUUUAACACGCCUCCCACAUCCCCGAGGGGAUAUCACAGCACAUCAAGUCCACCCCUUUGGCCAGGGAGUGCUUUUUUCAAGAAGAAUGGAGCCCUCCAAGAUUCUGAUAUUGAUGCAGCUGCUGCCAUGAUGCUGCUGAAUUCUUCCCCUGAGGUGAAGGGAGCUGAAUAUGCUGUGGGAGUUAUGCCAAAUGGAGGUCGUGCGUACAGUCGAGGGUCGUUCAUGGGGAUGAAACCACUGCCGAUGAACACCAUUGGAAGCAUGGCAGCUGCCGUAAGGAACGGAAUUGUGAACUGUCGGAUGCGAAAUGACAGCGAACAAUCCUGUGGCUCCCCGGUCGUCAGCAACGACCCUAAAGAUGACCACAACUACAGCGUGGCAAAAUCUUCCAAUCACAGGAGUACAUCCCCGACCAGCGACUCGACAUCCUCUUCCUCCGCUGACGACCACUAUGAGUUUGCCGCGAAGGUCAGCCACAAUGGGAGUGAGGGCAGCGAAGGCAGCUACCACAGCCACGAGAGCUACAGUGAGACAGAAGAUGAGGAGAGAAAAAACAAAAAGGAAACCAAGGAUUCCUUAGCUGACAGUGGGUACUUGUCUCAGCACACAAAACGACAACACCUGGCAAAAGCAAAAAAACACGCAACUGAAACACUGCCACUUAAAAAGAGGCGUACGGAGAAACCGCCAGAGAGCGAUGACGAGGAGAUGAAAGAGGCAGCAGGUUCUCUCCUGCACUUGGCAGGGAUCCGCUCGUGUUUGGAUAACAUCACAAACCGCACUUCGAAAGGGCAGAAAGAGCAGCAACAUUCAGCAAAAAAUUAAGACUAAUGCACAGCCUCUUUAAGAAUUGUUGGCAGAAAUUUAUUUUCUUUCAGCACGUCAGGUGAAUUAUAAUGAUUUGUGGCAAUAUCAGCAAUCACUUUGUUUUCCUAUUUUAAGCCCCCUUGAGUUUUUAUAUAAAUAUAUAUGAAAAUAAUUUUGUUUAAGGAGAUUGAAGCCAUAGCAGAACUUUUACUGACACUCAGCUAAUUUGCAAAAGCUUUUCAUUGACUGAUAACAAAAGCCAAAAUCACUGCACCUCUCUCUCUCCCUUUCUCUCUCUCUCUCUCCCUUCCCCUCUCCCCCCAUACUUUCUCUCUCUCUUUUCACCCCUCCAUUAUUUCAGUCUGAUUACACAGGUGCAUGCAGGACUCAUGCUGAUACCUAUGGAGUUUGCAUUGCGAUUCCUGCGAUGCUCUAACAAGACGGUGACAGACUGCUCAGGUUCAGCUUUACUGAAUGACAGCCAGCCCGAGCGGGAAAGCGCAAGUCAUGGCAACUGGAUAAAAUGGAAGCAAAAUAAUGUGUGCCACUUAAGACCGCGAUGGAUCCAACUGCACUUAGAAUACCAGAGACCUAGUCCUUUUGACUAUGGAGCAGAUGACUGCCGUGAUUAUCAGAGAAAGCAAAACAAAAAAUGGGAAAACUGUCUAAAGCAAGAAAAGAGUCCUGCUCUUGGCCAAUUUCAUAUUUUUUUUGUCUUCUCAAACCACACACACACACACUCACACACUCAUACUCUCACACACACACACACACACACACUCUCUCCUCACACACUCACAUGCACUCUCACCUCACACACACUCACUCACUCACACACUCACUCACACACUCUCACGCACACACACACUCUCACGCACACACACUCUCAUACACACCACACUCUAAGCCAUAUGCCUGAUGGACGGCACUACGUGCAAAGAGAAAGAAAAUACACCGCCUUUUUGAAACUGCCUGAGUGAUGUGAGAGCAAUCAAGUCUUGCAAAGAUGUUCAUAAUCAAGCGAUAACAAGUUAGCGAUACUAAUCCAUUCUGACAGAUCAGAAUGUUAAGCCUGGCCACAAUGAAGAAGACAGCAACAAAACAAAAAGCUCUAAAACCUGCCAAUAGUAUUAUUCUGAAACAGAAUUGCUUAACAGUGAUAUCGGUGAGCUCUUCCACUGCCCUGGAACUGAAGUAAGCAGUUUCUCUCUCUCAGUCAGGAUAUGUGUAGAAUAAAAGAUUUUGGAAUAUAACCGACUUAGCCAGCAGGAUUAUCCAAUCCAUGUUGCAUGGGUUCUUUGAACAAAAACGUUGUUUUUUAUUCAAAGACAAUAAAAGAGUUCAUGUAAGGUAAAUAAUGUAUUUAGCAUGAGCAUGAAUUAUUUUCAUAUAAAUAUAGAAAAUAGAGAAAAGGCUAUGCCUCUAAUUUUUAAGCCCUUAGGCCUAGAUUUUUUUUUGAUGCAGGUGAUAAGGUUUAACCUUUUUUUCAGGGAAAAAAAACUGACUGUUGGGGAACUUACACUGCAAUAUGAAGACUUCACAUUUCUGGUAGGGCUUGGAUGGUUGAAAAUACUGCCUUGUCUGCACAUUUUGGGCCCCCAAAACAGUAUUGUUAAAUAUAAAUGCUAGUAACAAUACCACUAAACACGGUCUGCCAGUACAGGGUAAGGAGGGUAGUGGGGUGGGAGGGGGGAAUAAGUCUCUGUUCUCACCAAGUCAGUAGUGAGUGUGCAUGAGUAUCUGUUCUCCUUAAAAUUAUCUGCUAAAUAUUGGGGUAGAGUGAUGUAUUGAAUAUCAAUAUCAUAUAUUGGCAAUGCAUCCUAAAACAGCACCUAGCAGUGCUGGUCAUUAUAGCAAUCAGACAUAACUAUCUUAAUCAGCUUGUUUUGAUCCUCAAAUCCUGUUUUCUCAGAUUUUAGGUGAGUAGACAAAGCCUAAAAGUGCAACAUUAUUUUGGCAGUGUUGAAUUCCUAAUCAUUUAAUUGACAUCUCCUAUGGCAGAACUCAAACGAAGAAACAGCCCAAGUGGUCAGAAAGUCACACUGCUUGUUGGUCAAAUCUGCUGUGACAUUGCCUCAAAAUCCAGUGACUGACCACCCCCUCCCAUGUUCGAUCCUCAGUUGUUUGACCAAAGAAACACUGCAAAAGGCAAAAGUCCAUUUAUCCUUUUGUUGGGGAGGGCCUUUGUAGGUCAAAAUCUAAAAAUGUAUACUAAUAUUGAUCAUAAAGUUAGCAGCCAUUAUAAAAACAACAAUUGGUUAGAAUUGUAGUUGUUCAUAGGCAUAAAAAGGGGAAGGGGGAGAGUGCCAAUUUUCCUUCUUAAGCAGGCAUCAUCUCGGGGCUACGUUCAUUUAAGGGGCUGAGCCAUUGUGACCAGGAUGUCAAGUAAAUAUAUUGUGGUUUUGAUUUUAUAAUUGGCUCAUUAAAGAUUGGGUGAAUUAUUUCAA